AUGGAGAGAGAACUUCUGAAAGAUGAAGCUCUCAAGCAGGCAAAGAUUUUGAAUCUGGCCUCGCUACACGACGAGCCCCAAUGGGUCGUGGCUAUUUCUCUGGCUAAGCCAGCGGACGGCCUCGAGCAGGCGGAUGUCUCUGCCGUAAUCAAGAGAGCGCGUAAAGCGCUUCGAAAGAUGAAGGAUUAUAACUCGAGUGGAAGCUUCCCUAUUCCCAAAAGAUGGACUGUUCUCAACGAGCUUCCCAUCACCUCUACGGGCCAAGUCGAUGAAAAAGCUCUCUAUCGCCUCUUGAACACGUGGAAUUCGACGGAGUCUGACCUCUCGCCAAAAGAGAAGAGAGCUCGCAUAGCCGCUGAAGCUCGCGCAUGCCGACACUCACCAUAA